CAACAGUCAACACGGCUCUGGCAUCUAUUCCACAAAGCUCCCAAAAUCCCACCACCGUCUCUCCCUUCCCUUCCUCCCCCUUCUUUUCCUUCCUUCUUCCAAUCAAACCUCACGAAGGGCAAGAAAGUGGAAAACAGGAAUCACCGGGAAAAUUCUGCCUCAAUAAGUUACGAUCCGAUCCCUAAUUUUCUCAGCCGGAGGUAAAAUUCAGACAUUUCGUGUACAAUGGAAUUCGAGCUCUUACGUUCCACCGCUGCGUAGCUUCCUCCUUCGAAAUCGUCCCUGGCUGGUGAUGGUGAUAGGCAUUGGUGGAGGAGGAGGACUGCAGAUUGAUCGCCCGCGAAUAGCGACUUAGAAGAUUCAAUAAAAACGGCAAUGAAGCGAUAUGUUUAUAUCAACGACGAUGAAUCCCCGACGCAGGAUCUCUAUUGCGAUAACCGCAUUUCUAACCGGAAGUACACUGUCUGGAACUUUCUCCCUAAGAAUUUAUGGGAGCAAUUCAGCCGGUUCAUGAACCAGUACUUCUUGUUGAUUGCUUGCCUUCAGCUAUGGUCACUAAUUACUCCGGUAAACCCUGCCAGCACAUGGGGUCCGCUAAUUUUUAUUUUUGCUGUCUCUGCAUCAAAGGAGGCUUGGGACGAUUAUAAUAGAUUCCUCUCUGAUAAGAAAGCCAAUGAGAAAGAAGUCUGGAUCGUUAAGCACGGGCUAAAAAAACCUAGCCGAGCACAGGACGUCCGUGUAGGUGAUAUUGUGUGGCUUCGGGAGAAUGACGAAGUCCCAUGUGAUCUUGUUGUGCUUGGUACAUCAGAUCCUCAAGGCCUUUGCUACAUUGAGGGUGUUAUUGAGUGCCCCAAUCCAGAUAAGGACAUUAGGAGAUUUGAUGCAAAUUUACGGCUGUUCCCUCCCUUUAUUGAUAAUGAUGUCUGUCCAUUGACAAUAAAGAAUACGGUUCUCCAGUCCUGCUACUUGCGGAACACAGAGUGGGCUUGUGGGGUAGCUGUCUAUACGGGAAAUGAAACCAAGCUGGGUAUGAGCAGGGGUAUACCUGAACCUAAACUUACAGCUAUGGAUGCCAUGAUUGACAAAUUGACUGGCGCAAUAUUUGUCUUUCAGCUAGUAGUAGUUGUAGUUCUAGGCAUUGCAGGGAAUGUAUGGAAGGACACAGAAGCAAGAAAGCAAUGGUAUGUCCAGUAUCCCAAAGAAGGACCGUGGUACGAACUACUGGUUAUUCCUCUAAGAUUUGAGCUCCUUUGUUCAAUAAUGAUCCCGAUAUCCAUUAAGGUAUCUUUGGAUCUUGUGAAGAGUUUAUAUGCUAAGUUCAUUGAUUGGGAUGUUGAGAUGUUUGAUCAAGAGACAGGCUCUUCAUCUCAUGCAGCAAACACAGCAAUAAGUGAAGACCUGGGACAAGUCGAGUACAUUAUGACUGAUAAAACUGGAACCUUGACUGAAAACAAGAUGGUCUUCAGGAGGUGUUGUAUCAGCGGCACAUUUUAUGGUAAUGAAAGCGGGGAUGCCUUAAAAGAUGUUAGAUUGCAAAAUGCGGUUGCCAGCGGAUCUCCUGAUGUCAUUCGGUUUUUGACAGUCAUGGCAAUAUGUAAUACUGUUAUACCUGUGCAAAGUAAAAAUGGAAAUGUUCUUUAUAAAGCACAGUCACAGGAUGAAGAAGCUCUUGUUCAGGCUGCAGCAAAGCUGCAUAUGGUCUUAUUCAGCAAAAGCGGGAAUCUUCUUGAAAUCAGAUUCAAUGCUUCAGCAAUUAAGUACGAAGUUUUGGAUAUUCUGGAGUUCACUUCUGACAGGAAAAGAAUGUCAGUAGUAGUAAGAGACACUCGGGAUGACAAGAUUUUCCUCUUGUCCAAAGGAGCAGAUGAAGCUAUACUUCCUUGUGCUUCUGCUGGACAACAAACGAGGACACUAAAUGAGGCUGCGGAUCAAUAUGCUCAGCUGGGCCUGCGUACAUUAUGCUUGGCAUGGCGUGAACUCAAAGAAGACGAAUAUCAGGAGUGGUCAUUGAUGUUCAGGGAGGCCAGUAGCACACUGGUUGAUAGGGAGUGGAGAAUAGCUGAGGUGUGUCAAAGGUUGGAACAUGAUCUUGAGGUUCUUGGAGUUACGGCGAUAGAGGAUCGUCUUCAGGACGGUGUACCAGAAACAAUUGAGAUGCUUCGAAGAGCCGGAAUAAAUUUUUGGAUGCUAACGGGAGACAAGCAGAAUACAGCAAUACAAAUUGCUCUUUCUUGCAACUUUAUAUCACCAGAACCCAAAGGCCAGCUUCUGUUGAUUGAUGGCAAGACUGAAGAUGAAGUUUGUAGAAGCUUAGAGAGAGUGUUGCUUACUAUGAGAAUAACGUCAUCAGAGCCAAAGGAUGUAGCAUUUGUUGUCGAUGGCUGGGCUCUUGAGAUUGCUCUAAAAAAUCACCGGAAAGAUUUUACUGAGUUGGCAAUUUUGUCAAGGACUGCUAUUUGUUGCCGUGUGACCCCAUCGCAAAAAGCACAGCUUGUGGAACUGUUGAAAUCAUGUGAUUAUAGAACACUGGCUAUUGGUGAUGGUGGAAAUGAUGUGAGGAUGAUACAACAAGCUGAUAUUGGUGUUGGCAUAAGUGGAAGAGAAGGACUUCAGGCAGCUAGGGCAGCUGACUAUAGCAUCGGGAAAUUCAGGUUUUUGAAAAGAUUAAUUCUUGUCCAUGGGAGGUAUUCAUACAACCGCACAGCCUUCUUGUCCCAGUAUUCAUUCUACAAGUCGCUAUUAAUAUGUUUCAUCCAGAUAUUUUUCUCUUUCAUUUCAGGUGUUUCGGGGACCAGUCUUUUUAAUUCUGUUAGCUUGAUGGCCUAUAACGUUUUCUACACUAGUAUACCUGUUCUUGUCAGUGUCCUUGACAAAGAUCUUAGUGAAAAAACCGUCAUGCAGCAUCCUCAAAUUUUAUUCUACUGCCAAGCAGGAAGGCUACUUAAUCCUAGCACAUUUGCUGGAUGGUUUGGCCGGUCCCUUUUCCAUGCAAUUGUUGUGUUCAUAAUCAGCAUAAAUGCAUUUGCAUAUGAGAAAAGCGAAAUGGAAGAGGUUGCAAUGGUGGCACUGUCUGGAUGCAUAUGGUUGCAGGCUUUCGUUGUAAUAAUAGAGACCAACUCCUUCACAGUAUUACAACAUCUUGCAAUCUGGGGGAACUUGAUUGGAUUUUACAUCAUAAAUUGGAUCGUCAGUACCAUUCCAUCAUCUGGGAUGUACACAAUUAUGUUUCGGUUGUGUAGUCAACCAUCUUACUGGAUUACAAUCUUUCUAAUAGUUGGAGCAGGGAUGGGUCCAAUACUUGCCAUAAAAUACUUCAGGUACACGUACACACCAAGUAAAAUCAACACCCUCCAACAGGCUGAACGUCUUGGGGGACCAAUACUCUCUUUGGGCAAUAUCGAUCCACAGCAAAGAUCGAUGGAGAAAGAAGUGGCAGCACUGUCAAUUACCCAACCCAAGAGCCGGAAUUCGGUGUACGAGCCACUGCUGUCGGAAUCCCCCAGUGGUACAAGGAGGUCAUUUGGAUCGGCAGCGCCAUUUGAAUUCUUUCAGUCACAAGCGUCCAGAUUGUCAUCGAGCUACUCUAGAAACUGCAAGGACAAUUGAUACUCUACUAAUAAAAACUCGAGCAGCACGGCAUUGGAUGGAUACAUCUCUUGUAAUUUACGUUUGAAUCCUUUUUAGGCUGUAAAGAAAGCAAUGUCUUAGAUACGCUCCAAAGCUGAUUCUUGGUAGGCGAUUACAGUUAACCUUUUUUCUUUGCUGACACCAUUGCAGUAAACCUGUUCUAUUUUUCCUUUUGUUUUCUGGGCAAGGAAGUGCUGACUGCUGAGGUGUGGAGGCCACCGCAAAGUCCACAGGCAGUGACGAAUCUGUAAAUGCUUUGUGUUGACUUUAAAACAUAACUUGUGACUGCAAACUAUGUAUUAACUUAGUAGACAAUGUACCUGGUUUUGGACGUCAGCGAUCGAUUGUAGUUUGAAUAGCUGAAUUUACGGUGGUACGAGUAUGUGGCAACACAAAGCUAGAUCUGAAGCCAAUCAAUGAUGCG